AUGAUGCUGUUGUUGCUGGGAUCCAUGCUGCAACAAAAGCGCGACACCACGUUUCUGCCUGGAGGUUACUCCUCCUUCAUUACCAAAGAAGGACAGAAACUUUUUGGUAAAAAGGUGGUUCUGCUUUAUGAAAAGAAGUUUGGGUUAUGCCCGUAUUACAAUAACUCCGACCCCAAUCAACCAGUCAAUGGAGGACUACCUCAGAAUGCCUCACUGCACAACCAUUUACAUCAGGUCGUUAAAGAUAUUCUGACAACAAUUCCCGAUCAGUGGUUUGAUGGACUCGCUGUAAUUGAUUUAGAAGAAUGGCGCCCGCUCUACGACAUGAACUGGGAAGACAAAGAAGUGGGUUCUGCUGAUAUCGCUCAU